AUGUCGUCCAGUCCGAAUCGCGGAACCAAAGCGGCCGGUACGAACAGUCGGCCUACGAGCAAGGAUGGUUCAAAGAAGAAUAUUUGGUCCUCGUUGCUAGAUGGUGUCGCUAAUGGAAAGCGCUUGCCGGAGAAGAACUUGUUGAUCCUAGGGGGUACACCGGAAAGCCAGAGGGAUUUCUUGGAGACAUUCUCUGCAGAUACCUCCGCAGAUCCUGGGUUGGUAAAUGAUAAACGGAAAGGCAAGACGCCUCCAAUCGCCAAUCAGUUUGCCUUGGGAUACACAUACCGAGACGUACUUGAUGCCGACCAAGAAGAUACGCUGGCGCGUGUGUCGGCUUACCUUCUGUCCGAACCCUCUCCAUCAUUCGCUCCUCUCCUCAAACCGCUCCUGACCCCUCAAUCUGUGCCCGAAACGCUUGUCGUCAUUCUCCUGGACUGGUCAGACCCAUGGACGUGGAUUCGGCGGUUAAGAGAAUGGGUGCGCCUUCUUCGCUCUGUGCUGGUUUCACUCGAGGACGAUACCAAGAUCGUGAUGGAGGAGACCAUGACAGAGUGGAGGGACCGCAAACGAGGCAUGGAUGCUGGCUCUGCAGCGGCGGGAGGAAUGUCAAACUCUGGAGGCCCUGUCACAAUACCCUUGGGCCCUGGUGAAUGGGAUGAGGGUUUGGGUAUCCCGAUGUGUGUCGUCUGCCAAGGAGCGGACAAGAUUGAAAAGCUGGAGAAAGACCACGGCUGGCACGAAGAGCAAUUCGAUUUCAUUCUCCAAUUCCUGCGAACCAUCCUGCUGAAGCACGGCGCUUCGCUCAUUUAUACUACGCCUUUCCUCGCCAACUCUCUGCAGAGCCUGAUCCACUCUUCCCUUGGUAUACAUUCUCUUCUGAAACGACAGUCAUUAAAACAUAACGUUAUCGACCGCGAUAAGAUCCUAGUCCCCGCCAACUGGGACUCUUGGGGUAAAAUUCGAAUUAUUCGCGAAGGAUUCGACAUGGAAGGUGUAUCAACUGCCUGGUCGAUUGAAAUCCAAGAUGCACCCGAACCGCUUGAGCCAUCCCAAGAUGCUGGCCAACAGAGCGAGAAUGCCGAGGACGGCACCAGUGCAGUGCUGGUCUUUGAGCAAACUAUUCAAGAUCCCAAGCGCGACAAGAGUAUUGCCCACCCUGCUACUGCCAAUGGAAACAAGAUCGAAGUCGAGACCUCAGAAAUGCAGGGCUUCCUCGCUAAGCAAGUCGAGCUUCUGGAGCAGCUUCGCGCUGAGGAUGACAAGGAACGGUCUACCCAGCCUACCCCACAACUGGAAAUGUCUCCCAUGGAGGAUGAGGGCAGAGUCAACGAGCACAUUGGUCCUGUACAAUUCAACAUGGGUGGUAUCCAAGUUGAUGCAGAUGAUAUGUUGAAGAAGCUAAAGGACCGAGAAGCCAGCCGUGCCCAAAAGAAAGAAGGCACACCCACAAACCCAGGCGACGAGAAAGCUCACAACCAAGCAUUGGCAAACUUCUUCGCAGGCCUUGUCAAGAAGCCCGGCGCCAGUCCUCGUGGAAGCCCCUCCGCUUAA